AGUGCGCGUUUGGUGUGAGCGCAGAAGCCGGCGCAAGGCGGGCGGGCGGGCAGUGGAUGCCAGACCUCAGUCCACUAUGGCCGCGGGCUCGUCCAGCCUUAGCCUGGGCGACGAGCUGAACUGCCCGAUCUGUCUGGAGAUCUUCAUCGACCCCGUGAUGCUGGAUUGCGGCCACGAUUUCUGCCGGCAGUGCAUCCUCCAGUGCUGGGAGCGGGAGAAGAAAGCUUUCUGUCCCGAGUGCGGAGAGGUCUUCCGCGACAAGAACCUCAAGGCCAACCGAGCCCUGGGUGUGUUGUCCAACAAGAUCCGUAACCUCAACACAAAGGACCCCGUGGACCCCAGCAAACCCUUCAACCCCUUCUGCGAGGAGCACCAGGAGGAGCUGAAACUCUUCUGUGAGACGGACAAGAAGCUCAUCUGUGUGAUGUGUCUGGACCGGCGCGAUGGCAGAAGCCACAAGGCUCACAACUUCAUGCUGAUCAAUGAGGCGGUGGAGAUCUACAAGGAGAAAAUGAGAGUCAAUCUGCAGACCCUGAACCAGCGGAAGACCUCAGUGCAGAAUGUCCUUCUAAAGCAGCAGCAGAGUAUCUCCGAGAUCCAGGAACAGUCGAACAAUUUGCAGAAACACAUCACGACAGAAUUCGCCAAACUGCGCACGGUACUCGACGAGAAAGAGCGCUUGCUGGCCAAGGAGUUGGCCGACCAGGAGGAGGACAUCUUGAAGAAGAUGGAGACCAACCUCCGGGACAUCCAGGAGCACCUGAACGAGACGGAGGAGAAGCUGUCCAAUGUCCAAACACAGCUGACCCAACAAGAUGCCUUCAUCUUAUUGAAGGAGGACCCAGACAAGGGGAAGAGUGACAGCAAUUAUCAAACGACUGUGGCAGAGGGAAAGCUACCGCUGGGCUCGUUCAAAGGACCCAUCCAAUAUCGAGUGUGGCGGGACAUAAUGGAAGUGAUCAACCCAGCUCCCGCCUCCCUGACCAUGGACCCGAGUACAGCCCACCCGUUGCUAAUCCUGUCCGAAGACCGCACCAGCGUGAAGCUGGGCGACAAGGCGCGGUCGGAGUUGCCGGAGGCCAGCAAUGACCGAGAGGUCAGCGUGCUGGGGGCCAUGGGCUUCUCGUCCGGCCGCCACUACUGGGAGGUGAACGUGGGCAACAAGACGGCGUGGGACCUGGGGCUGGUGAAGGAUGUGGUGCGCAAGCGGGGAUCACGGUCGGCGCAGGACACGGGGUUUUGGGUGCUCACCCUCAAGAACGGCAGCGAAUACUGGAUCACCACCGCCUCGCCCACGCGGAUCUCCGUCAACUCCAAGCCCAGGAAGGUCGGCAUGUACUUGGACUAUGAGGGCGGGCAGCUGUCGUUCUACAACGCCAGCAACAUGGCCACCCUCUUUACUUUCAUUGACAGUUUCACCGGCAAGGUCUUCCCGUACUUCAGUCCCGGCAACAAUGAGGACAGGAAGAAUUCCGAACCUCUCAUCAUCGUUCAGUUCAAGAACCAUUAAACCAGCCACCCACCAAAAUUCCUGCUCCUCUCAUCUUCAAUGCACCACUUCCUUCUAAUCCACCCAGGGGCUAAUAUAGUGUGCACACUGCCUCUCCCCCACCCAACCCAACCCAACCCCGCUGGUCCCACCCAUCCCCCUUCUAGCCCCCUGCUAGCCCCUCACCUGAACGGCUGGCUAUUUAGAGGUUGGAUUGCCCUUACUCCACCCACCUCUUGUCUGUCGACAGGUGGCUCUGGCUAUCUUAGGCUUGGAAAUGUGUGUACAAUUGUACUUAUUUGGGAACAACCCCCCCCUCCCUCCCUCCUCAAACAAGAGCAGAAACUGCAAUAGACAAUCUAGCCCUAAAUAUGGGCUAGGGUUGCAAUAAAAUAUAGAUUUAUUGAGCAAGGGUGGAAUUUCAUCCUUUGAAAUGUCUAAAUGGCAGUUGUACAGGGCCCUAGUGAGACCACACCUGGAGUAUUGUGUGCAUUUUUGGCCUGUUGGCCUUCACAACAAGAGUAUCGAAGCAAAGAGGUCCUUCUGCAGUUGUACAGAGCCCUAGUGAGACCACACCUGGAGUAUUGUGUGCAGUUUUGGUCCCCUAAUUUGAGGAAGGACAUUCUUGCUAUUGAGGGAGUGCAGCGUAGGUUCACCAGGUUAAUUCCCGGGAUGGCGGGACUGUCAUAUGCUGAGAGAAUGGAGCGGCUGGGCUUGUACACUCUGGAGUUUGGAAGGAUGAGAGGGAAUUUCAUUGAAACAAUAUAAGAUUGUUAAGGCCUUAGACACACUAGAGGCAGGAAACAUGUUCCCGAUGUUGGGGGAGUCCAGAACCAGGGGCCACACACAGUUUAAGAAUAAGGGGUAAGCCAUUUAGAACGGUGACGAGGAAACACUUUUUCUCACAGAGAGUUGUGAUACUUUCAAGAGAGAGUUAGAUGGAACUCUUAAAAAUAGCGGAGUCAGGGGAUAUGGGGAGAAGGCAGGAACGGGAUACUGAUUGUGGAUGAUCAGCCAUGAUCACAGUGAAUGGUGGUGCUGGAUCAAAGGGCCGAAUGGCCUCCUCCUGCACCUGUUGUCUAUUGUCUAUUGUCUAAUGUGUAGAAAGAAACUGCAGAUGGUGGUUUGAACAGAAGGUAGACACUAAAAAGUUGGAGUAACUCAGCGGGACAGGCAGCAUCUCUGGAUAAUGUUACAGCCCUGUGAUAUGAAUAUUGAUUUCUCCAACUUCAAGUAACCCCUGCAUCUUCACUCUCUCUCUCUCAUCCCUCCCCCACCCAAGUCACACAUGCUUCAAAGUUGUCUUGUAGAGUAUCAUUGUCUUCUUGUUCUCAACUAGUAACCAGCGAACAAUGGCCUGUCUCCUUUAUCGUCAUUACUUUUUUUGCAUAUCUUUCAUUCCUUUGUUCUAUAUCUCGCUACAUCACCAUCUAUAUCCCUCGUUUCCCUCUCCCCCGACUCCCAGUCUGAAGAAGGGUCUCGUCCCGAAAUGUCACCCAUUCCUUCUCUCCACAGAUGCGGCCUGCCCGCUGAGUUACUCCAGCACUCUGUGAAACGUCACCUCAAUCUUCUAAAUUCUAGCGAGUACAAGCCGAGUCUAUCCAGUCUUUCUUCAUAUGAAAGUCCUGCCAUCCCAGGGAUCAGUCUAGUGAACCUUCUCUGUACUCCCUCUAUGGCAAGAAUGUCCUUCCUCAGUUUAGGAGACCAAAACUGUACGCAAUACUCUAGGUGUGGUCUCACCAAGGCCCUGUACAACUGCAGUAGAACCUCCCUGCUCCUAUACUCAAAUCCUUUUGCUAACAUACCAUUCACUUUCUUCAUGGAGUCGAGGUAUGUGGAAAUAAGUUGGGUGGGGCACGAACAGGCAGAGACAAUGGGUCUGCCAGUCCAUCCAGUCAGACAAAGUUGGUUAAUUACAUGAAAUGACAUGAGCAAUUGACAAUUAACAUGGAAACAUAGAAACAUCGACAAUAGGUGCAGGAGGAGGCCAUUCGGCCCUUAGAGCCAGCACCGCCAUUCAAUGAGAUCACCUUCCAUUAAUUUGUCCUCGUGGUUGGAACAUCUGUUGCAAUAGUGGGCAGAUGCAUGGCAGAUGAAGUUUAACGCGGAUAAAUGUGAAGUUAUCCACUUUGGUGGCAAAAACAGGAAGGCAGAUUAUUAUCUGAAUGGCGUCAGGUUAGGAAAAGGGGAAGUACAACGGGAUCUGGGGGUCCUUGUUCAUCAGUCACCGAAAGUAAGCAUGCAGGUACAGCAGGCAGUGAAGAAAGCGAAUGGCAUGUUGGCCUUUAUAACCUGCAGUAACCUGAGUUACUCCAGCACUCUGUGAAACGUCACCUAUCCAUGUUCUCCACAGAUGCUGCCUGACCCGCUGAGUUACUCCAGCACUCUGUGAAACGUCACCUAUCCAUGUUCUCCACAGAUGCUACCUGACCCGCUGAGUUACUCCAGCACUCUGUGAAACGUCACCUAUCCAUGUUCUCCACAGAUGCUGCCUGACCCGCUGAGUUACUCCAGCACUCUGUGAAACGUCACCUAUCCAUGUUCUCCACAGAUGCUGCCUGACCCGCUGAGUUUCUCCAGCACUCUGUGCCUACCUAUGUUGAACGGCAGACACAAUCCUUCUGAGGCGUGUUAUAUACAGGCUGCAGAGACACACAAUUUAUGAAAACUUCAGGAGACCCUCAGACCCACGACCAUAAUCGCUUCACAUCACAGCCCAGCCCACGGUAGUUUGGAACUCAGUAGUUAUGUUAAAUCAUGUGAUGACUGAUUCAUUUCUCGUUUGGUUUCAUGGUACACCUAUCCGCUUGUCAUUGUACUAGUUGAAAUAAAAUCUAGAAUAUUAUUCAAUGUGAUUUUAAAAUGUCUGCAGGUGUUCUAAUUUACCUUUAACGAAUGGCUUAAGCAAAAAAAAAAAACCUACUGGGGAUAUUAUAGUCAUUUCAAUAAGACUACUUGUCUUAUAAGAUCCUGCCUUAUAAGAUCAAGUCAACUCAAGUCACAUUUAUUUCUAUAGCACAUUUAAAAAACAACUCUCGUUGGCCAAAGUGCUUUACAUUGGUAUAAGAAUAGUAUAACAGUUCUUAUAAGAUCUUAUUGAAACAUAUAAGAUUGUUAAGGUCUUGGACACGCUAGAGGCAGGAAACAUGUUCCCCAUGUUGGGGGAGUCCAGAACCAGGGGCCACACACAGUUUAAGAAUAAGGGGUAAGGACAUUUAGAACGGAGACGAGGAAACACUUUUUCUCACAGAGAGUUGUGAGUCUGUGGAAUUCUCUGCCUCAGAGUCCGGUUCUCAGGAUGCUUUCAAGAGAGAGCUAGAUAGGGCUCUUAAAAAUAGCGGAGUCAGGGAAUAUGGGGAGAAGGCAGGAACGGCGUACUGAUUGGGGAUGAUCAGCCAUGAUCACAUUGAAUGGCGGUGCAGGCUCGAAGGGCCAAAUGGCCUCCUCCUGCACCUAUUGUCUGUUGUCUAUUGUCUGUUGUCUAAGGGACGCGUAUUGUCCUUGGGUGCCAGGCGGGGUCCAUAUCUUUGAUGUGUUCUCUGGGCAAAGGCCAGAGUAUAUGCCACAAGCAGAGACCACAUACAGAGUUGCUGGCCUCCUCAUAGAUUCACAGAGUCAUACUGCAUGGAAACAGGCCCUUCGGCCCAACUCCUCCAACCAAGAUGCCCCAUGGAAGCUAGUACCAUUUGAUCCACAUGCCUCUAAACCUUUCCUACAUCCCCUCUAUGUGAAUGAA